UUGUGCUACACACAAUUUCAAGAGUGUCCAGUUUCUUUUCCUUACUCUAUUAACGAAACAAAUGAGCUUUUUCAAUUUCUGUCUCAUGUUGUUAACUUCAAGGAUUUUCAUCGUUUGAUGUAUGGAAAGAAGCAAAGAGCUCCCAGGUGGAAGGAGUGUACGUCUUACACUAUGCACAGAAUGCAGUAUGCAGCUGGAGCAAUUUACGUGAGCAAGAUGUUCGACCAGGCGUCAAAAAAUGUAACGCUCGACAUGGUGAAAGAUUUGCAACAAGCGUUCCACGAAAUGCUUGUCGAGAAUGACUGGAUGGACAACACAACAAAAGAGACUGCCUUCGAAAAAGCAAAGGCAAUGCUCACUCAAAUUGCUUAUCCAGAGUUCAUUCUUGACAGCAAAAAACUGGACAAACACUAUGACGACUUCUCCGUGGAAGAAACGGAAUCGUACAGUCAGAUGAUAGAAAAACUUUCACGAUGGAAUAUUGAAUAUGGCUUCAAACGCCUUACCAAACCCGUCGAUCGAACUGAGUUUAACUUCAAUGCUGCAGUAGUCAACGCUUACUACUCCUCGAAUUUCAAUGCAAUAAAAUUCCCAGCAGCUAUUCUGCAGGCGCCGUUCUUCCAUCACACUUUUCCACGAGCGCUCAACUACGGUGGAAUUGGAGCUGUGAUUGGGCACGAAAUCACACAUGGAUUUGAUGAUCAAGGUCAGCAGUUCGAUGCGAUUGGUAACCUACGCGACUGGUGGGACGCAGAUGUCAAGAAAAAGUUUGUGGAGCGAGCAAAGUGUAUAAUCGGUCAAUACAAUAAAAUUGAAGUACCAGGUACUGGCUUGACUGUCAAUGGCAAACUUACCCAAGGCGAAAAUAUUGCCGACAAUGGAGGAGUGAAGCAAGCAUUCAGAGCCUAUAAAAAACAUUUGGAGAAACACGGAGAGGAGAAGCGCAUUGAAGGUCUAGAAGAGUACAACAAUGAGCAACUGUUCUUCAUGGGAUACGCAACGACCUGGUGCGGUCAUCUAACGCAAGAUGCCCUUAUAAACCUCAUUCUCACCGAUCCUCACUCUCCAGAACGAUAUCGGGUUAAUCAGGUGCUCGCCAAUCAGCCAGAGUUUGCAGCUGCUUUCAAAUGUGCAGUUGGCACUCCAAUGAAUCCUACAGAACGCUGUGCUGUUUGGUAA